ACGUGUGAAACAUAUUUUCAUGAGAGGAACACCGGGCACAAUUUCCUCCACCGCCACCGCAGCGCGUGAGGCCAGGGAGCGACGAGGCCGGGGUUAGCGCAGCGGGACGGAGGCAACUUGACUCUGCAACCCGGUUGCCCCAGUUCCAAACGACUGCCCCCCACUCACAGCCCCUUUUGACACACUUGCCGGUCCGCACCGCAAGUGCUGUAGGGUUGUUUUUGAGCUUCUUCCCUGCCUACCUGUGCGCUGUUUCUCCGCCUGCCUGGUGAGGGAUCGUGCCUUAUUGACGUUCCGUUGAGUCGCACCUCCCCAACUACCCCAGCGACCGGAGCACUCCGUCCGCCCCUGUUUCCGCUCCGGCCCACCUACCCGCCGACGGAAGCACCCAUUACUUGCCGAAGUACCGCGUCUGCGUACUUCUUUUUGGCACCCCUCUCGCUCUCUUUGGGCUCCCCCGCUUGGUCCAAGUACCUCCGCUGAGCCUUUUGGCAAGCCAGUUUUUCCCCGCUUCGCCCAAUCUAUUCCUCGCGACUCGUCGGCUGCUUCCGCUCCGAGUUCUUUUUUUUCUCGCCAACCAAUUUGCUGCGGCCUCGCUAACUGUUCCGCCGUCGCUUAUUCGCUUCACCGCUCUCGCCUCCCCUGACCUGCCCACCAUGUCGAUGUCCUUCCUGGAGGCCGCCUACUUGGUCCUCAAGAAGACCAAGCGCUCUAUCCACUACCAGGACCUCAUGGCCCGCAUCAUGGACCUGGACCUCGUCACUACUCGAGGCCUCACUCCAUCGCGGACGCUCAACUCGAUUCUCAAUGUCGAGUGCAAGCGGCCGCAGUCGCGGUUCUGCUCGUACCGAUCCGGCUACUUUGGCCUCAAGGAGUGUGGCAACAUGCACGAGCCGCCUCCAGAGGUUGAGAAGAAGUCCCGGGCGCGUGCGCGGCGCAAGGACGCCAAGGGUGCCAAGGCCAAGGCGCGGACCAAGGCACGGACAGCCAAGGCCGCGGGCAAGAAGGCCGGGGCGUCGUCCAAGUCGAGCUCGAAGAGCUCCAAGUCGCGCAAGGGCCGCACGCCGCGAUCGUCAUCAGCCAACUCGGAUUCGGGUUCGGGCUCGUACUCGUCGAUGUCGUCCGAGUCGCGCAACCGGGCGCUUGCCCGCCGUCGCCGCCGUGAGGCGCGGCUGCUUCGGCAGGAGCGCCGGCGGUUGGAGGCAGCGGCAGCGGCAGCGGCUGCGUCGGGCUCGCCGUCUGCAGCAGCGGCUGCUGCGGCAGCAGCCGCUGCUGCGGCCGCGCGGCCGCGUUCCCGACUGUACUCGCGGUCGCCGACCCGCCAGCGCCGGCGGCGUGACGGGUCGGUCUCGUCGUCGUUCUCGGGCGCGUCGCGAUCGCCCGAGGGGCUCGAGGGCUCGCCUGUUGAGUACCGGAUGGACUCUGACGACGCGCGGUGGCUUGAGGGCUACAACAAGUCGCAGGGCAAGAGCGUGACCGUUCAGCGGUUCGAGCGGUUCCUGGAUCGGUUCGAGAAGGCCUCGCACACCGAGACCGAGGCCAUGCAGCUGUCGCUGGUCCAGUUCCCGGGUGAGGAACUCUCGACGGUAGAGGACGUGUACAGCUACUGGGUCUCAAAGCGGCGGGCCAAUGCCGGGCAGCCGCUGCUGACGCUCGCAUCGCGCGGCUUUGCGUCUGCGCCGGUCUCGCCGCGGUCGACUUCGCCUGCGGCGCUCGACUCGCUGGACCUCUCGUCGCUGCCGGGCAUGGCGUCGCGACGUGUGCGGUCUGUGGCGCCCACGCCUGGGCGUGCGACGUCGCCGGAUUUUGCGGCGCUCCUCGCGCAUCGCACCGGCGGGAUUGACCCGCGGCUGGCGUCGACGGCGCGCGGCUCGGGCAUGCACGACCCGAACAACGUGGUCAGCGCGGCUGCCGAGAUCCUGCGCGGCACCGCACCGCUCGUCCCGGCGUCGGUGGCGUACCGGUCGGGCACUGCGCCCGUGUACAUGCCGCCGUCGGACGCGGUGACAGCGGUGCCGUCGGGCGCGCAGACGCCGAUCGGCGGCAUGGACUUUGGCGCGUCGGCGCCGACGACCUUCCGCUUCGACUACUGCUCGACCUGCUUUGGCACCUCGAGCAUGCCAUCGAACAACCUGCGCGUGUGCGGCGGGCCGUGUGCUCGCUGGUUCCACGAAAAGUGCGUCGGCAUGUCUCAGCGUGACGUCGUGGCGUCGUCGCUGUGGCGGUGCCCCGACUGCAAGGCUGCCAACGCGUCGCCGACGUCGAUGGUCGGCUCGGCCUCGCUCUCGGGUCCGCCCAACUCGACCCUCUCGAUGAUCAACUUUGACGACGUCCACACCAACCCGCUGACCUCUGUCCCUGGCGCGCUCGCCUCGCUCCCGUCGCUCACUGUUGGCGGCGCACUCGACGACGGCAUGCUCAACGCGUCGUCGUAUGGCGACAACUCGGUCUCGGGCGUUGCAGACUUUCCGUCGACACACGACAUCCAUCACCCCUCAGCCUACGCCGAGUUUAUGGACUCGAUUAUCUCAGCUGCGCCCGGCUCGCCCAAGCGCAAACGCGAUGUGGAGCCCGCACUGCUCUUCCCGGAACCGAAGCGCCGCAAGGCCAUCGCUGCCUCGCACUGAUCGCGUUCAAUUUAGGCUUGCGCCCCGCUCCUUGACCCCCCCCUCCCCCCUCAACUCUCACACACAGACCACCCUCUACUCUAAUCGUUAUCAAAUAACAGAAAGCAUUUUUGCCCC